AUGGAUACAGUAGAAUUAAAAAAUUCCGGAGGUAAAAUAGUCCCCCAUUCGGAUCUCCGGGCGGGGACUAAUGCUACUAAGUAUUCAUUAAAGGAGAAGAACAAAGUAAGGAAAAGAAGAAUUGGAACGUGGAAUGUAAGAUCUUUAGGGAUCUGUGGUAAAUUGGAAAACCUCAAAAUUGAAAUGGAAAGACUUAAAAUAGAUAUAAUAGGGAUAAGUGAACUAAAAUGGACAGGUAAAGGAGAUUUCUGGUCGGAAGAUUACAGAAUUAUAUUUAGCGGGGAUGACCACAGAGUAACAGGAGUGGGUUUCAUAUUGAACAAAGAAAUAGGGAAAAAAGUAGUGGACGUUGUUCAAUAUAAUGAACGAAUAAUUGCUAUUAAAAUAGAAACUAAACCUGUUGAUACAUUUAUUUUACAAGUAUACAUGCAAACCUCAACUCAUAAAGACGAAGAAAUAGAGGAAAUUUAUGAACAAAUAAAUGAGGUGAUAGAAAUGACAAACGAAAAGACAAAUUUGAUUGUUUUAGGUGACUGGAAUGCUAUAGUAGGGGAGUCAAAAGAACAUGGAGUUGCAGGUGCGUUUGGUCUAGGCAAAAGAAACGAAAGGGGACAUAGGCUAAUUGAGUUCUGCAAAGAAAGAAACCUAGUCAUUACGAAUACAAUGUUCUCACAACCGAUAAGGAGAAGAUAUACAUGGACCAUGCCGGGAGGAAGAGCAAGAUAUCAAAUAGAUUACAUAUUAGUAAGAAAUAGAUAUAAAAACCAAGUAAAAAAAUGCAAAACUUACCCAGGCGCGGACAUUAACAGUGAUCACAAUCUAGUGUUAAUGGAAACAAACUUAAGCCUGAAAAGAAAGAAACCCAACGAAAGUACAAAAAGAAAAUGGUGCAUGGAUAAACUAAAGAAUGAAGAAAUAAGAAGUGAUUUCAAUGAAGAAUUAAAUAAUCUAUUACAAGAAGCAAAUAGCAAUAAGAACCAGGAUAAUGACAAAGUCGAAUGGGAAAAAUUAUUAAGGGAUACGAUGACAAAAGCAGCGGAAAAACAUCUCAAAUUCACUAAAGAAAUGCCUACGAAACCAUGGAUAAACAACGAAAUUAUAGAUCUCAUUGAAAAACGAAGAAAAUACAAAAACGCGGUUAGUGAAGAGGGAAUAGCAGAAUAUAAAAAGUAUAGAAACUUGGUCAAUAGAGAAGCGAAGAAAGCCAAAGAGGAAUGGUUAAACAAUAUAUGCAAAGAUAUUGAUUCCUGCCUAACAAAAGGCUUGAGUGAUAAAGCGUACAAGAACAUUAAACGAUUUUUUAGAGAAUUCAAAGAUAAAACCACUAUACUUAGAGGAACAGAUGGUAAAAUAAUCACUGAAGGGAAAAAAAAGUUAGAAGUAUGGAAACAAUAUAUUGAAAAGUUAUAUGGAAAUGAUAAUAUAAAUGCGGGACAAUGGGCCAUAGAAGAAGAAGACGCAGAGCAAGAAAAUAUAGGACAACCCAUUUUGAAAGGGGAAUUUGAGACAGCACUAAAUGAGUUGAAACACAACAAAGCUACAGGCAUAGACAACAUAAGUGGAGAAAUGUUAAAAGCAUUGGAAGGCCAAGGAAAGGAGAUAUUAUUUAAAAUAAUAUAUGAUGCAUAUGAAAAAGGGCUAGUCCCCAAAGAUUUCGAGAAGUGCCUAAUGAUAGCAUUACCGAAAAAAAAGAAGUCAGAAAAAUGUGAAGAUCAUAGAACCAUAAGUCUAAUAACACAUGCAUCGAAAAUAUUAACAAAGAUAAUACACAAAAGAAUAGAAGCAAAAAUAAGUGUCAAUCUAGAGGAAGACCAAUUUGGUUUUAGGAGGAAUAGGGGAACCAGGGAGGCUAUACUAUGCUUAAGGAUGAUCAUGGAAAAUAUGUAUAGAGUAAACAAGCCUAUGUAUACAGCGUUCAUUGACUUAGAAAAAGCUUUCGACAACGUCAAUUGGGAAAUAUUAUUCAAUAUAAUGAAAACCAUAAAUAUCGAUAUUAAAGACAGAAUAAUUAUUCAUAAGUUAUAUUUAAAUGAAAAGGCUGUUAUAACAGAUAAAAAAGCAGAUCAUGGGAAGAAGCAAAUAUUGAAAAAGGAGUUAGACAAGGGUGUAACUUAUCACCAACACUAUUUAAUCUGUACAUUGAAAAUACUCUAA